ACCUCCUCCGUUAUUUCCUGCAGCAGCAGCAGCCUCUCCGUGGCCGCUCGCCUCCUGCCUCCCCGCCUGCGACAGCUCAGCAGCGGUGUGGUCGCUCCGAGCGGACGUGAACGGAAAGAGGGAAGAAAAAAUAAAUAAAAGAAAAGACAAAAACACUCCACAGCCCCCGAAGGCCUCUCCGCCGCGCCGCUGAAGUCGCCCCGCCGACAGGUUUAAAACACGGUUCGUGUUCGAUCGUUCUGCGGUUCUUAGAGAAAGCCGAUCCUCGUAAUGGCGACAGCUGCGGUGUCUGCCCCUGCUGGCUCCGGCCCCAGCCCCGGACCGGGAACGGAGCUGGUCCGCGGGCAGGCCUUCGACGUCGGGCCUCGGUACAGCAACCUGUCCUACAUCGGGGAGGGCGCCUACGGGAUGGUGUGCUCUGCUUACGACCGGGACAACAAGCUGCGCGUGGCCAUCAAAAAGAUCAGCCCCUUCGAGCACCAGACCUACUGCCAACGCACCCUGAGAGAGAUCAAGAUCCUCAUGCGCUUCAAGCACGAGAACAUCAUCGGCAUCAACGACAUCAUCCGGGCGCCCACCAUCGACCAGAUGAAGGACGUAUAUAUCGUCCAGGAUCUCAUGGAGACCGACCUGUACAAGCUCCUGAAGACUCAACACCUGAGCAACGACCACAUCUGCUACUUCCUGUACCAGAUCCUGCGAGGGCUGAAGUACAUCCACUCUGCCAACGUCCUGCACCGGGACCUGAAGCCCUCCAACCUUCUGCUGAACACCACCUGUGAUCUGAAGAUCUGUGACUUCGGUCUGGCCCGUGUGGCCGACCCCGACCACGACCACACCGGGUUCCUGACGGAGUACGUGGCCACGCGCUGGUACCGAGCUCCAGAGAUCAUGCUCAACUCCAAG